CAAAAGUCACAGGUGAACCAAAUACGGAAACGCAUCCUAUUGCUGCCUCAAUCCUUAAUUUGAACCGUUGAUUUCAUCAAAACUGCAGAAAAAGUCCAAACACAUGAAUAUAAUAACGUGGAGAAUCCAAAAACAUAUUAACAGGAACUCACUCACUCCACUCGCUACGGAUUGAAAACAAAUCUGAAAUAAUGCAUAGAUAUGAGGUGGUUUUCAUCGCUACCCCAGCCCUGGGCAAUCUCGUUCCAGCCGUGGAAUUCGCCAACCUCAUAACCAAACACGACCCUCGAUUCUCUGCAACCGUUCUCACUUUCUCCAUGCCACAACGACCACUCAUCAACACCUAUGUCCAAGAACGUCCUUCCUCAUCCACUAAUGUCCGAUUCCUCCAUCUUCCUUCGGUCGACCCUCCCACACCCGACCAGUACCAAUCCACCAUCGCCUUCCUCUCCCUCUUCAUACACAAUCACAAGCUCCAAGUCAAACAAGCACUCCUCAACCUCAUCCCAACCGAGUCAAAGCCCCACUCGCCUCCACUCGCCGCCGUGUUCGUCGACAUGUUCUCCACCCCCCUCAUCGACGUCGCCGCCGAGCUCGCCGUCCCUUGCUACCUCUUCUUCCCUUCGCCGGCGAGCUUCCUCGGCUUCGCGCUUCACCUCCCCCCAGUCGACGCGGUCAAGUCAGAAUCCGAGUUCGUGGUCCCGAGUUUCAAGAACCCCUUGCCCCGUCCGGUUUUGCCCAAGCUCGUGUUAGAUUGCAACGAUUCGUAUACCUGGUUUUCAUAUCAUGCGGGAAGGUACAGGGAAACAAAGGGCAUUGUCGUAAAUACAUUGCAGGAGCUGGAACCUCACGCGCUUCAGUCACUCUACAGCGAUUCGAAGUGGCCCCGCGUUUACCCAAUUGGGCCUGUUCUUGACCUUGCUGGGUCGGCCCAAUGGGAUCCAAAACCGGCCCAAUAUAAGCGCAUCAUGGAGUGGCUAGAUCAGCAGGCAGCUUCGUCCGUGGUGUUUCUCUGCUUUGGUAGCAUGGGAAGCUUAAAGGCGAACCAGGUGGAGCAGAUUGCAGUUGGGCUUGAACGGGCCGGGGUGAGGUUCUUGUGGGCUUUGCGGGAACCUCCGAAGGCCCAAUUACAAGACCCAACGGAAUACGCAAAUCAUGAAGAUGUUUUGCCAGAUGGGUUUUUGGAACGAACGGCUGGGAUUGGUUUGGUGUGUGGAUGGGUCCCACAAGUGAAGGUGCUGGCCCACAAUGCCGUAGGGGGGUUUGUGUCGCAUUGUGGUUGGAACUCAAUAUUAGAGAGCUUGUGGCACGGUGUACCAAUUGCCACGUGGCCGGUGUACGCAGAGCAACAAAUGAACGCGUUCCAGAUGGUUAAGGAAUUGGGAUUGGCUUUGGAGAUUAAGUUGGAUUAUAGAGUGGGUGAUCUGGUGCGGGCAGAAGAAGUAGAGAAGGGUGUGCGGUCGCUGAUGAAGGGUAGCGAUGAGAUCAGAAGAAAGGUGAAGGAGAUGAGUGACAAGUGUAGAGGGGCAUUCAUGGAAAACGGCUCAUCUUACGCUAACCUAGGGUCCCUGAUUCAAGAGUUGACAAAUUGACCAACCCUCCCAUUAUUGUUUUUGGGUUGGGCUUACACUCGAGUCUUGGUUUGUUACUUUUGUAUGGGCUUUACCAAAUCCUAUGUGUUUUGCAUGAUAUUGUGUUGUUUAUCUAUUUUAUUUUAAACAGUAGUAGUAUCUUAAAUUUUAGCAUCUUUUUGGUAUUCUGCUAGAAAAUGGAGUUCUGCGUCAUUGGUGAGCGUCAUAAUGACAUGGUGAACAACUUUAUGGUAUUAUAAAUGCAUCACGCAUUUCUCGUUCAAAGCAUAAUUGACUGCCAUAAAAGUUUCUUAACGUGGUAUAUAUUUUUGACAUUUCCUUGGCGUGUCACGUUCUGAUUUUACUAUGAUUGUGAGCAAAAAUGCUGAGAAUCUUCCUUUUUCAUCUGUUUUGUGAGUGAAAUGAUUUCUUCAGCAGGGCUUGAUAAUAGAGUAUAUGUGUUGUUUUUGGUUUGCUGGGGCCAAGUGUAAGACUCUGCAAACGAAAUUGCCAAUUGUGGUGUGGUCCAUACUCCAUGGAAUUUGGCUCUGUCUUUGCUACACUACAGAUGAUUGAUUUUUGUAGGAUGAAUGAUCGUAAAACUCUUGAAUGAUUUAAACGUUUUAUGAC